AUGCGGGGCGCACCUGCGGCUGACUUCGAAGACAAUGCCGCCCAUGGCGACACUGGCUCAGGGGCGGUUCCUUCUCCUCCCACCUUUAAUGGGGACAUCGAGGCUGAUCCCUACUGCUACCGGCACUAUCGAAGGAAGCUCCUUCGAUGGGUGGAAAUCACCAAGGAGUAUCUUCCUGGAAACGAGCAGGCCUUGAGGGCGUUGGAGAACCUCAAAGGUGAGGCUGAAAUCGAGAUGGAAGAGAUUGACGACGACCGCUACAAUGUUGAAGGCAGCAUCACCCUCCUUCUUCGAGAUCUCGAGCGCAGCUUCGGUGCAAAGGAGAUGUUUCGCCAAGGCGGAACGAUCAGGGAGUUCGAGAGCGUGGGAAGACUUCAGGGUGAGAGUGUUCAUGCUUUUGUGCGCCGCUUCAGGCUUUUGGAACGCAAGUUAAAGGACAAUCAGGUGCCUGAGUACCCCGAGCAGGCCAGGGUCAUCAAACUUCUGGAUGGGCUUCGCUUGGACGAGAAGAGUGUGGCCUCCCUGUUACUGGCUGCUGGCAACAGGUACGACAUGCAGGCCAUCUUGAAUGCCAUUGCUAUCCAGUAUCCCGCCGGCAUGACUAUCACAGGUCUUCCUCGUCUACGCGCUGAUCGACGAGGUCGUGGACGUGGAACCUCUUCCUCUACGGCGUCCACCUCGGCUCCCUCUACGAGAUCCGGUCCCUCUUUGAGAAAAUGGCGCCACUGGAACACUUCUUGGGAGGACUACGCCGACGAGGAGUUCGCCGACGAUGAGAAUCACGAUGCUUUGCCUCCUGAGGAUGACCUCCCUUUGGUCCCGGAAGGCGAGGAGCUCGCUGAGGACGAAGGUGCCAACGAGGACUAUGUCAACGAGGAGGUCGCCGAGGACGCCGACGAGAACCACGACUGGGUCAAUCAGGAGACUGACUAUGUGGCCGGUGACGACGAAUGGAACAGCUUGCUGCAGUCCUUGACUGUAACGAGCAAACGAUUGGCUGGCUUGGCGCAGGCUCGGGGCUACUACCAGACCGACGGCAAGGGCAAGAAAGGGAAAGGCAAGGGCAAAGGCCGUGGUAAGGGCCGCGGAAAAUCUGGAGGCAAGGCCAGUGGCAAACCGUCAAGUUCCUUUGGCAAAGCUGCUGGCAGGAAAGGUCCGGGUCUCAAGGGCAAGAACAAGCAUCUGGAUCCUGCUGUUCAGCAACAAAGGCUCCAGGGGAGUCUUUGCCUCGGAUGCGGUGCCUCGGACCAUUGGCUGAAGGAUUGCCCUUCGUACAACGUUCAGAAUGCUCAAGUUGCGAGUGCAGCCAUUGGAGGCUUGGUGCUUGAUGCCGAGGGCGCUGCGUCAGUGUGGACGGUGAGUGCCAAUGAGCCUCCACAGGUGCACUAUUUUCGAGCUUUGCAGUGCACGACGCAGCUGUGGUUGUCACCUUGUGGCCAUUUGGCUGUUAGGAACCUCCUGAACUUCGUCCUUUACGUCAAGCAGAUGGUGAUCAUGUAUUCAGCCACGACCCUGCAUUCUGCUCUCAAGGAGUCACUGCAAAGCCAGAAAUACCUGCGCACUCCGGUACGUGCUUCUACCGACGGGAACAUCUGUGCUGGCCACUCCGAAAGCUUCCCCGUCAGCAAGGUCCCAAAGCUCCUUGCGGCCCUCCUCAACCUCCUCGCAGGGAUAUGUGCCGGUGGAUCAGAUUCAUGGUCGCUGCUGCUGAAGCACAAGCCCUUCCUGACCGUUUUCGAGUUUCCAUGCACCUUGUGGCCCAAUGUCCAGCAUCUCAACUACGACCAGGCGACGCUGCAUCAGCUUCGCAUGGGACAGAACUCUUGGAUCAAGGGCAUGGUGGACACGAUCCUGGCCAUCCACAACGACUAUGGCGGUCACUUCCUUUUGGAGAAUCCCGCCUACACCGCCUUCUGGCAGCACCCGGAGAUCCUUCGACUAUACCAGCUCCCGCACGCCGAACUUCGUGUUGGUCACAUGUGUUGCUAUGGGCUGACAAGUAAGGAUGGGCUACUUCUGAAGAAGCCAACGGGGUGGCUCUGUGAUCUUCCACUCCUGCUUGAUCAAGUUUGUCAACAAUGCCCCGGUCCAGGCGUUCAUGUUCACGGUCAGGUGAUGGGCGGAAACUCGGUCAGGACACAGGUCUAUACGACCGAGUUGGCCAAGGCUGUGGUCUGUGGACUACGUGACUCUCUUAAAGAACUUGGCGAUGAACGCUUUAACAGUGCAACUUCUUCCUCGACUUGGCAAGCCGAUGUGGAGGAUGAGGCCCACGUGCUUCCUGAUCUCCAACCUGCCGGAGGAGAUCUGUGGGCCACCGUUUACUUUCUGGACGUGGAUCGUCAUGAAGAUUCUUGGUUACCCCUCCUGAAGGAAGCGGAAGCUCAACCGAAGGAUAAGGUGAGACCUGACCGUGUGAUUCCCUUGAGUACGCCCUUCGGUGAGCAGCUUAAAGCACUGGUGCCCUGGAAGGUGGUACGCAUACAGAUUUGCAGGACUCCGAUGCAGCGACGGCUCCCACUGGAAGUUCUUCAGGUAGGAGCUCAACAUCGUGGUGCCGCUCUGUGGUUGAGUGACGGGUCGGUUGUGAUUGAGGCCGAGUCUGUGAGUCGCAUUCUGGCUCAGUCUUCAGGUCGUUUUACGUCCCCUGUGCGCGUGGCUGUUUUCUUCUUCGGCACAGCCCCGGCCACCAGUCUGAAUGAAGCAGAGAACGAACAACCUGAGGCUCAGGUCAAGAAGGCCGAGACGGAUGAGGUUGAGGAGACUGAGGUCAUGCGACCACACCAGCCGGGCUUCCGGGAUAUCACCUUUCCUGGUUUGAAGGGAGCUCCGAAAUGGCUGCUGCAGGUUAUGCGUCGACUACAUACCAACCUUGGACAUCCGUCUACGCCUACUAUGGUUCGUCACCUUUCGGCAUCGGGUGCAUCGGAGGUUGCAAUCCAAGCAGCGAGACACUUGAGAUGUGAAGUUUGUCUGCGCGUACAACCUCCACGACUACCCCGUCCAGCCAAGGCCUUUACUGCUCGACGCUUCAAUGAUCGUUUGAAUUUGGAUGUUCUGUGGCUAAAGGACAUCUCGGGUCGAGCUCACGGCUAUCUGUCUCAGGUGGAUGAGGCAACGUGUUACCACGUGCUCAACUACAUGCGCGACAGGACCGAAGAGGAAACCAUGCGUCUUCUGGUCAAUGGCUGGUUUGCUUUCUUCGGCCCUCCGGAUGAGAUGCUACUGGAUUCGGACGGAAGUUUCAGGGGCUUCCGUUUCGAGACAUUGCAAGCCCAAUGCGCUGUCAAGAUCAGGUACGCUCCGGCCGAUGCUCACUAUCAGAUGGGCAAGGUGGAACGCCAUGGACAAUCCAUCCGCUACAUUGUCCAGCGGCUGGUUUCUCAGUUCGCACCCCUCGGCGCCGAGGAGCUGAAUUUGAUUGUGACCAUGGCCGCUUCAGCUAAAAAUUCAUUGCUGCGUAGAUCUGGUUCGUUGCCGGCUCAAUGGGUUUUCGGUCGCAAUCCGAAGUUGCCUGGGUCUUUGCUCAGCUCCGGUGGCAAUGUGGAAAGCUGUUCGCUUUAUAAUGACAGUGAUCGUCUUCGUCUGGUUGAACAGAUCCGCACCAAGGCAAUGAUGCUCUACCACCAGUUUGAGUCUGAUGCCGCUCUUCGUGCGGCUUUGCUUCGAAAACCUCGCCCUGCUCGUGGACCUUUCUCCGAGGGACAACGCGUCGCAUACUAUCGCUUUCGCAAUACCUUGGACGGCGAGGGCACUGCUGAGGGCUACCGCCAGGGUGUUAUUGUUGCGCUUGAUGGUUCCACCUUGUGGAUUCGCAACAACCGCGGCAGGCUCAUUUCUGCCAGCAAAGAGCAGGUCCGUGCUGUGGGUGGCGAGGAGGAGUGGUGGGCACCAAGUCAAUCCGACUUGGACCUCCUUAAAAAGGCCUCAGAUGAUCAGGCUGUGGUGGCUGAGUUGGACUUUCAGUCAGCCGGUGUUGGAUGCGGAUGGUCAGCCCUUAACAGCUACUCCUGCACCGCCAAUGAUGCCUCCUUCUAUGUUGGUUCCGCCGACCCCGAGAUCUACAGCCAAUUUACCUGGUACUCCCAGAGGCAUUACCACAUCCAGAACAACAGGCAUUACCGCCUCCAGAACAUCAGGUCAGUGGUGGUCAAGGACAGCCGUCUAGAAUGUCUUCGGUGUCACAGGUGCCGAGUGAUGCCACCUCUCGAGGGACGAAACGUCCUGCUGAUGAGCUGCCUGACCCCCGUGUACAAGGUCAACCUCGCCGGGAACCAGGCACCGAGGACUGCGGUGAACAACAUCGUGUCCAAGUGGAUGGCGUCGCAACCUCUUCCGCUUUCCGAGCUCAUGGCCAAACAGCUGUGCGAGUCGAGAGAUUUCCGCCCUAGCACACUACAUCAGCUGUUGGACUCGGUGAACUUUCCUUCAGGCAAGAGGAACUGCCUGGGCGCCAAGAGCCAAGGUUUUCUGUUGGGACUUUACUCCCACGGCGGCUUCUCCGGCAUCUCCAAAGCCUCCAAGUUUCAUCGUCAGUUGACGUUGUAUGUUUUGGAGUACAUGCGCCAUCACGGCAUGCGAGGCCAGGCGACCUCCAUCUACAUCUCCAAGAACGCUGCUGCCCAGUGCCACAGAGAUUUGCAUAACGUGCAUGGAUCCCUGAACUGGGUUACUUCUGUGGGCAGUUUCAAUGGAGGCGAGCUGUGGGUUGAGUGCAAGUCUGCCAAUCCUCCUCCUGAGGCUGUGUACCGAAUGGUUGGUGACGUGCAGCUGCCGGGCUUUGUGACCAGCACCAAGGAUCAGGUGUACUCCUUCCGGCCUGACUGCUACCACGAGACGCAGCCAUUUCAAGGGGAGCGUUACAGUGUCGUGGCCUAUACGAGCCGCCUACUUCCCGAGAUCUCCACUUCGAUCAGGCGGCGCUUGCAACGGAUGGGCUUUUCAUUGUCUCCUCGAGCUGCUGAGGUAUGUCAAGUGCGCGUGGAGGACCUGCCGCCUUGGCUCCACGAGGCUUUCGCGGAGGCGUACCCGGCUCGUGCAUGGCAACCACCGGGUGAAGGUGAGACCCUGGCCAUGGACACCUCGGGCGACGAUGCGCAUGAUGGCGCUCAAGAACCUCCCUCAAGGGCUCAGAGACAAGCGUUGAAGAAGGAGCUCCCGUGGCAGGCAAUGAGCGAGGCAGAGAUUCCUCAGUUUGUCCAAGCCGUCCUGGACGAAUGGACCGAAUGGCGUAAAUGGUCCAGCUGCAGGCCCAUUUAUGUAGAUCUGGAGAAAAUCGAUCCUUCUUUGAUUUUGAAGUCCAGUCCCCCUUUUCAGCGGGGAUUGCAAAUCCGCGUUUUUGCAAGGCGCUGGUACGUUCAUGUGGCAAGAACUUUGACAGGCUUGGGCUGGACAGCACACACUCUUGACCCGUGCCUGUGGCUUCUUCGUGAAGAGUGCGAUGGCGUCUUGAAGAUCACCGGUGUGCUUGGAGUGCACGUGGAUGACAUGAUCAUGUCCGUGCUUCCUGGCCGAGAGGCGGCCCUUGAAGCCCUGCGUGGCUCUUUUGAGUGGGGCAGCACUUGGGAGACCAAGGAGUUUACUUUUGUGGGCCGCCACAUCAAGCAGCAUGAUGAUUGGUCACUCACGGUGGAUCAAGCCAGCUACGUGGCAGAGGUUCCCAUCACCAAGAUCUCCAUGCCUCCCGACGAGAAGCUUAGCGACCACCCCGAGUUGAUCACGGAGUUUCGGUCAGGAAUCGGAAGCCUCCAGUGGAUGGCAGGCACCACCCGCGGCGAUAUUGCGGCGGACACCUCCCUGCUUCAGAAGCCACCGAGCGAGCUGACAGUCGCCGACUUGCUUGAAGUGAACAGCGUGUUAAGGUACGUCAGGGCAACGAGCGAUGCCUACUACAAGCUGAUCCCCAUUGACUUUGAGGACAUGCUGCUCAUCGCCUACGGUGACUCCGCUUGGGCCAACGCUCCCGGAGGCAAGUCUCAGGGUGGCCUGGUUGUGGUGGCAACGAGCAAGCAGGUUCUACAGCUGCCCCAGAAAGCUUCGCUGUUGGAGUGGAAGUCGCACCGUCACCAGCGUGUUCUGCGUUCAAUUUUGGCUGCUGAAGCUGCUUCACUGGACAAGGCAGAGGACUACGGCAACUUCCUGGCGACGAUGCUUUCAGAGAUGGUGGACGGUCGAUACUCUGCGACACUUCGCGAGGUUCCCCUCAUCGAGGUCGUGCCUGUGACGGACGCUCGAAGCCUGUGGGAUGCCAUACAUCGGCUCAGCACCACGUUCGCCGAGAAGCGCGUCGAGAUCAGCAUUGCUACUCUUCGUCAGCAGUAUGCCUUCCGCAACUGGAUGAGCGAUCCAUGGAUCACUCUUGUGGAGAGAGUGCUGAUCUUGCGAUCGGUUGAGCCUCAUGCCAUGUUCACGUGUGCAGUGCCGAGCGAGCCCAGUUGCCUAGUGGUCCAGGAUGUCGGUCUAAACUGCUUCUUGACGCCCGGGCGGAAGCUGGCCGGCAAACUGCUGUCGAAUCGGAUCACAUCAGACUUCCAGCGACACGACGUGCUGCCGUCUGGAGAGGUGCUGCACUUGGGAUCCCUGGGUUGCCCGCCGGAGCAAGUCAGCGCGCCCGAGCCAGAGGUGGAUCCAAGGAUUCAGCGGCAACGUCGCAGCUCUGAGACGAAUCGGCGUACGCACGACAAGGCCUGGGCCGCCGUCCUCUACUCGGAGGCCACCGAGGUGCCCGCGUCGCCGAGGCGGCGCCUGGCGCCGGCCCUGGGUGUUCCUGAGACCGCGUUGCGAUUGGGUCCGGGGCUUCACUUGCCUGGCGUGGCCGUGGAAGUGGUCCGGCUGCCACGAGGCCUUCCGGACCUGGAAUUCACUCCAGAGCUUCGAGCUGGGGUUCUGGGGAAGAAAGGCGAAACGCUUGCUUUGGGUCCUCCAGACCUGACGCAAAGUCUGGGCAUGACAGAUGUCGCGUGCCCGGCGCACCGCUACACCAUCGUGCUGCGGAACCUGAGCGAACAGAAGGUCGGCCUUGGCAGCUACGACGAGCGCUUGGAGGAGAUACAAAAGAAAGGCUUCGUCAACUUUUUCGAGCUGUCGUCCUUUGGCUUAGCAGAGGUCCGACGGUACCAUGGCAGCAAGCAGACGACCCGUUUCUGUGAUUGUGACUUCUGA